AUGGACGAGGAGGAGCACGAGGUGUACGGAGGAGAAAUACCAGACGAAGGUGAAGAUAUAGACCCCCAUAAUGCUGACGUUGAGAUGUCCACCGCCGAUGAUGACGCUGUCAAGGAAUUGGAUGAGAUGAAGAAGCGAUUGAAGGAAAUGGAAGAGGAAGCUGCUGCACUCCGCGAAAUGCAGGCUAAAGUUGAAAAGGAGAUGGGUGCUGUUCAAGAUCCUGCUGGUGCUGUUGCUUCACAGGCAAACAAGGAGGAGGUUGAUUCGCGAUCCAUUUUUGUUGGCAAUGUUGAUUAUGCGUGUACCCCUGAGGAAGUUCAGCAGCAUUUCCAGUCAUGCGGAACAGUGAAUCGUGUGACCAUUUUGACUGAUAAGUUUGGGCAGCCCAAAGGAUUUGCGUAUGUGGAAUUUCUUGAACAAGAAGCUAUUCAAGAGGCUCUCCAGCUAAAUGAAUCUGAACUGCAUGGACGUCAAUUGAAGGUUAUGGCAAAAAGGACAAAUGUUCCUGGAAUGAAACCAUAUCGUGGAAGGCGCUUUAAUCCUUACCUUGGAUAUAGAUACAGGAGGCCAUACGUACCCCCAUAUUUCUAUUCUCCGUAUGGUUACGGGAAGGUUCCAAGGUUUAGGAGACCAACGCGCUACAUGCCUUACUAUUGA